GUAAUGGCUCACAUGUAAUGAAACAAGACAGAUGUGCUGAAAUUCAAAUCCCAACAAAAAUAAUGCCAUGGUGGAAAUAUAUCACUGUAUCUCCAUCUAAUGAGGUCGUGAAAAAAUAGGCAGCUAGGUUUAUGACACCUGAGCCAAGUAAACAAGACAAACACAUAAUGCUCCAGUAACACUCAAUGCAAACAUUGAACACCUGAUCUACCAACCUGUUUUGAAUGGAGGCGAAACUGUCAGAAAGUUUGGCACGCCUGUCAUCCAAACCAAAAGUCACAGGAGUCCAAUGCAUUGAUUCCGAUGGUCUGUGUAUUGCUUCUCAUGGAGCUGUAAAUGAUCAAACUUCAGGGAUAUUGAGUAGCAUAUAUAGACAUGCUGCAGGCAUUGAAGAGAGUACAGAACCACCAGUUGUAGUCAUUGAAUAUGAAUCAAAGUAAGCCCUGUCACAUUACACACAUUUAUCUAUUUAUUUAUUUUUUAACAAACAGAUCAAGUAUUUUAUGUGAAUCAGAUGGUAUUCUUACUGCUAUUCAUAAAAAUCAAUGACAGUUUGAUGAACGGUAUGCCACAAAAAUAAUCAAUUAUGAACUUCAAAAGUGUGUUCAGAUCUUACUAAUUAAUGCUGUUGACCUCAAAGUCUUUUAACAAAGUACAGAACAUGAACAACUGACUCACUAUUCUGCAUACUUCUGACAAUUUAAACUGCAUUGUACAGUAAUUGUAAAAUAAUGUAUACAGCUAAGUUUAUCGGCAAUCAUUCAGUCCUUAAACUUGUUGUGGGAUUGUUUUCGAUAGGCUUGAUUAUACAUGUCAGCAAAACUUUCUGCACUGUAAUGAUGUACAUUUUGUGAAUUGCAUUGGUUCACAUUAUUUUGUAAAUUGAAGAUUAAUCUAAGAGCAUAAUAUUGUUGUUGUUGUUUUUUCUUUCUGUUCAUAACUGCGAAUUGUUUUAUAUCAAGGGGGCCGGGAAGGGAUACUGUGUAAAAGUUAGAGAAUUUCUACGCUUGGAAUAAAG